CUCAGUAACCAUAGCCGUCAGUGAGUCUAUAAUCUAUAAUUUUCAAACGAUAUUAUUGCGGAGAAAUUGUUCAAAGAUUUUACACAAAAAUUAUUUUUUUUUCAAUUUUGCAACGCUUUUCUUUGAAACCAAUCGAUAAUCAGGAGAUCAGCAUGUCGCUAAACCGCAGUCGAACCCUCUGCCGCUACUAUAUGCAGGGGAUCUGUCGGUUCGGGGAGUACUGUCGAUUCUCCCACGAUGUGGAUGCCAGGCCAUCGGAGGAGGAGAAGGAGGAUGAGCAGGUGGCCACCACCAGUGGCUACAGUCGGCAGCGGAUGUGGGCCAAUGCACCGGUCUUUGUGCCCAGUGCCAGGAAACUGAAUCCUGCCGAGGCUGAGUCCCCCAAAGAGUUCUGUCCGCGUGGGGGACGAUGUGUCCUGGGCAAUAAGUGCCCCCAUCGCAUCCAUCUGGAGCUGUGCGAGAUGUGUCAGCUGUAUUGCCUGCAUCCGGAUGAUCUGGAGCAGCGAAGGGAGCACAAUCGCGAGUGCCUGGAACAGCACGAACAGGACAUGGAGCUAUCCUUUGCCAUAGCUCGUUCCAAGGACAAGAUGUGCGGCAUCUGUUUUGACACGGUGGUGGAGAAGGAGGGCCGCAAGGAGCGGCGCUUUGGCAUCCUGUCCAAGUGCAAUCACACCUUCUGUCUGGACUGCAUCCGCCGGUGGCGUCAGGACAAGCAGUUCGAGAACACGGUGACCCGGGCCUGUCCAGAGUGCCGGGUCGCCUCGGAUUUCGUCUGUCCCAGUGCCUUCUGGGUGGACACCAAGGAGGAGAAGGACAAGCUGCUCAGCGACUAUCGCACUGCUCUGGGCGCCAAGAACUGCAAGUACUUCCGGCUGGGCAGGGGAAGGUGUCCCUUUGGCAACAAGUGCUUCUACAGACACGCCCUGCCCGAUGGCACCGUCAUCGAUGUGGGCCAACCCAGGCGUUACCGAAAACCACACCGUGAUUCUAGACAAGAUCGGGAUCGGAAUCGCGACUGGGAUCGGGAUGAUCUCAUGGACUUUCUCGACUACUAUCCCUGGCGGAUGGAAGAUCAAUUGGACCAGUAUUGGCUCGACCUGUACUCAAGUGAUUUCAACGAUUUUUCCGAUGGCUCAGGGGAGGAUAACUAACUGAAAACAGGCCAUGAUUCCAAUGGAUGGCCGCUGGAAACCAUUAACAGCAUACACAUUUGGACUCAGUGUCCCAGAACAAGCCCCCCAAAACAGACGAACAUGCAUCUUAAACCACAGUCAAAAUUACACUACAAAUUCAGUUAAACAUCAAAUUUUGGUUCACAUCAUUGUCUCACUUAAUGUUACAAAUUGUCCGUACCUGUAUUAAAUUAAAUCACACUUAAAUCAAAACAUAAA